AUGGCGCUUACCCAGAACAGACAAAGCUUGACAGAAAUCCAGCGAACUCACCAGCAAUGGUUGGAGUGGCUGAAAGAUGCCCGGGUUGCUGCACGUGAUGAUCUCUUCGGUACCUAUGCCUUUCAUGGUCUCCAAAGAACGUCUUUCAAAUCAGAAAAAAAAAUUGAUCCCAAUUUCAGAGAUACGCGAACUACAAGUGGAGCAGCAGUUGCCCAGACUUCAGCACCAAGAAUUGAGAAUCCUGGAAUGGCUCGUAAACGAAACCUUUUCAAAAUAGGCCUACCAGUAGCCCCAGUGCAAGAGCAAUCCAGCGAUUCCACCAAAAAACUGGAUCUCCAGACAGCCGAUAUACUUUCGUCAAGCCGAGCCCGGAUGCUUAUCACCCGAGAGAUGCUAGCACUACACGUGGCGCCCGAUGAAGCAAUGGACCCGGUGCAACUGGAAAUUGCCUGUGAAUGCAUCAGAAAACGUUAUCCAGAUUUGGCACUAGUGUAUCUUUUGAAUAUGAUGAAUGCAAUCCGUUGUCGCGAUAUGAACGAAGCCAGCGAAGCACUACAGCAAUUCUUUGACUGGUCAGCAAUACGCAUUAAUGAUAGCAAUAAUCUGAGCACAUCAAUCCUCACCACUGACCAACGUCCACUACGUUAUGCACCUCUACUACAAGCACGGCUUGCUCGAAUUUUUGGUUUCAAGAAUCAAGCACGAAAUUUCUUGGCCGAAGCGAUUCAUCAGGCGCAAACAAGUCAUGAUUUGGUAUGUUUGCGGCUGGCGCAAGUUGAACAAGCUGCAAUUGAUGCAAUUGAAAAUUUGCGUGCUCCUGUGGGAAAUAGCAGUACAAAAGAAUCAACAGAUCGAGGAAUUUCAAUUUCAAAAAAACUAAAAAUUUUGGCCUAUCCUCUAAUCCAUCAUCGGGGAGGACAACCGUUCAUGUACAGUUUGAUGAUUCGUUUUGAUCGUAACUCAUUGAUUGCCACUGUGCAACAUCAACCGAUUAAUGGCAAGGAUAUCGAUAGUUAG